AUGUCUGUAGCAGUGGAGAGGUCGGAGAGUGUGGACAACGUCUGUCCAGUGUGUCAUGAUUUGAUUGAGAUAUUCGCCAUUGGGCCAUGUGAUCAUCCCGUCUGUAGUCGCUGCUCCACAAGGAUGCGGGUUCUGUGUGAACAGCUUGACUGCCCGAUUUGUCGCAGUCAGAUGCCACAGGUUGCUUUUGUGUACAAGAAGACACAGUUCAAGGACAUCAGCCUGAGGGAUUGCAUACCCAACCGCAAAUACAAAAUAUUCUUUGAAGAUAAAGAUGUGGAAGAUAGCUUUCUGGAACUCUUGGAGUUCCGCUGCAAGAUGCCAUCUUGCCAGAACCGGGGUCCUGACCGGACAUUUGCUCAGCUGCAGACACACAUGAGGCGGGAGCAUGAACUUUUUGCCUGUGACCUCUGUGUCUCUAACCUCAUGAUAUUUCCAUUUGAGCGCAAGUUCUACAACCGCAAACACCUAGCUAUCCAUCGCAGGGUGGGGGAUGAGGAUGACAAGUCUUACAAGGGUCACCCUCUGUGUGAGUUUUGUGAUACCAGGUACAACGACAAAGAUGACCUGCUCCGACACUUGCGCAAGGAUCAUUUCUUCUGCCAUUUCUGCGACCAGCAGGGCUCAAAUGCUUACUAUGACCAGUAUCCAGAUUUGAUGAAGCACUUCUCGGAGACACACUUCCUAUGUACAGACGGAGAGUGUGGCAACCCCAGCACACGUUUUACUCAUGCCUUUGCUUCGGAAAUUGAUCUCAAGGCUCACAGAGCUUCGGCACACAAUAAAAACUUGUCCAAGGCUCAGUCUCGGGAAGCCAGGACAAUUGAGGUGGACUUCCAGAUGUCACGCAGGCGCCCAGGAGGAAAUAGAGAUGAUUUUGAUGAAAGACAAACUGGUGGAGGACGAGGGAGGGGUGAUCGUUAUAACAGACG